AUGAGAAGCAAUUUGAAUAUUGAUAUUUCAAGAUCAAGCAGUUCUCAUUUUCUUAAUGACAUUGAACUUAAAAAACUGUUCCCAUUUACAUAGCAAUUACACAAUCGAUAUUUAUAAUAAAAUAGGCUUUAAAAUAUCAAAGAUGAUUUGACAAAUAUUUAACAACAAACUAUAACUUAUUAAAUAAAAGACUUACUGAUUAAGUAGGAUUAUUGCACUAUUUUAGAGAUAAAACAAGAAGCAGAAAUAAUAUUGACGAUAUCAUUUAUUAGUAAACAACUCCAAGAAGGUUGAGAUCUAAAGAGAGAACGAUAAGUGUGAACAAAAAGAGUACUUAGACAAUAAAUUAUCAUGAUGCUUAAAAUGUUAAUUUACAUAAUAAAAGUAUAAGAAGAGAUAUUGUGUAAUUGGCUCAAUGGUUGGAAUUAAUGAUAUAGCAAGUCUAAUAAACUUAAGGCAAUUUAUCAUUUUAAGAAUACUAUAAUAAAAUUGAAGUAAUAUUUAGUGGAUCAAUGUUAGAGUUAUAGAGACAAUUAUAAUAAAAAGGUUUUGAAUUUGGACAGUGUCUAAAAAAGAUUUGGGAUUCCUUUUUGAUAAAUGUACAAUAUGUAAUAGAAGGAUUGAAUGGGAAGGCAAAUUAAAUUGAAUAAUAAAGUUUAGAUAAAAUUAAUAAAUUACAUGAAUGGUAUUAAGAAGCAAUAUAAAAACAACUUUAUUAAAUUUAAUAAUAGAAAGAAGAAUUACUUUAAAUCUAAUAAAUUAAUAUAUAAAUGAAUAAGGAAAAUUAAUAUUUAAGGAAGAAGGAUGUAAGAAGAGAAAAAUAAUUAAGAGAAUUAAUAUAUGAUAAAGAUCAUUAUUUAUUAGAGAUAAUUGAAUUAAAAUCAAUAUAAAUGAUACAUUCUAUAGAUUAAGAAUAAAGUUAACAGAAAAUUUAUGAUUAUUUUAAAAAGUAAUGUGAAAAUCAUAUGAAAACAAUGGAAAUAUAAUAUAAGAAUUUAUAAGUAUAAGACUUUUAUUUUGAUCAUACAUUAGAUUUAAUUAUUAAAGAUAAAGGAUGUUAGGUUGUUGAUUUAAUAAAAAUUAAUGAUUAAUAUACUAGUACAUCAGAUAAUUAAUUGAUUAAUGUUGCUACUUAGACUCAUAAGUAGAAACGAUAAAUAGAUGAAGAAAUUUAAGUUAAAGUUAAUACAACAGAUUAAGAAACAUAAGUUAGUUUAUAUUAAAUAAAAAGAGAUAAAUUAAUUAGAAAUCCAUAUGAAUAAAUUAUUUUAAAGAAUGCUUAUCUUGAUUUAGAUGAUAUUAUUGAUAAAUUUUAAUAAUUCUAUUUUCCAUAUUAAGAAUUAUUAUCUAAUGAUCCAUAUUAUUUGACUUUGAUUAAUAAUGAAAUGAAUCGUUAAGAAAAAUAGAUAAAUUAAAUUAUGGAUACAUUAAAUAUUAGAAAUGAAAUUGCUCUUAAUGAUUUUUAUAAAUUUAAGGAAUAUUUAAAAUAAAUUAAUAAAGAAACUUUAUAAAAUUAUAUGUAAAUUUGGAAAAUAGUCUUAAAUUAAUAAUCAUCUGUAAUAGAUUCUAUAAUUGAAAAAUAAGAAUUAUAAGUUGAAUUAGAUGAAAUUAAAUCUAUUUUUACUAAUAAUAUGUUAAUCAUUAAAUAAUUUUAAAAUAAAUAUGAAGAAGAUAAAAAAAUCUCAGAAUUUUAUUAAUAAUCUUUAAUACGAACUAUUAGAUAUGCUCCUUAAUUUAUAAUUAAUCAAAUUUAAUAGUAAGCUAAUCUAUACAAAGUAUUAGAUGGAGUUGAAUUUAAAGAAAUGAGAAAGAAAACUACUUUAGUUGAUUCAAGAAUUUCAGUUAGUCCAUAAAGAGAAGAUAGUUCAUAAUUAUAUUCUAAGUAGUCUCCAAUAAGAGCAAGUUAAGUAUCUUUUUAAUCUUAAUUGUAAAUAAAUUCAAUGAAAUAAAUAACAACCAAUAAUAAAUCAUUGAAGGCUCAGAAAUCAUUUGAAAUUGAAGUAGAUAUGCCAAAAGGAUUGAGAGACAUUGAUGAAGAAUCUUAUAAGAGUGAAUCAGAAGAUGAUAAUAUAUAAGAGAAAGAAGAUAAUGCAUUUUCAUUAUUAAGAUUUGAUUUCUAGACUUAAAAACCAUAGUUGACAUUAGAGAAGAAAUUAAGAAUAAAUACAUGUCCAUUGAAAUCAGCAUAACAUUCAACAUCAAUUCUUAAACAAAGUAUUUUUUGACUAAAAAUUCUAGUAUUAAAAAAGUUUAAUAAAAGCAAUAUGAAUGGUCUAUAUACAAUAGGAACUCUAUUGUAACAUUACACAGAAUUAGUUUAAAGACAAUUACCUAAUAAUACAAAUACACCUUUACAUGUACAUUUGUAUGAACACAUUACCUUUCGAUUCGGAUAGUCAUAACUUAGUGAUUGCAAUAGAUAUAAGAGAAUGAUAAAGAGUUUUUUAUAUUAUGAACAUAGACAUUCAACUUGUAAGAUUAUUGUACGUUUUCUUAAAGCUGAUUUAGAUGUUUAAGAUUUUAAUACAUAUUUAUAAAUACUAGAAAUAUGUAAAGAAUAUCCUAGUUUAACAUUCAAUAAUUUCAUUUAAUCACUUUAAGAUUGGCUUAAUUAAAAUCAUUAUACAGAAGAGGAAAUGGAGAUAAUUAAAAAUGAAUUAUAUUAAUCAGAUCUUGCUUAUUUAAGAAAUAAUCCAUCUCCAACAGAAUUUGAUUUAAUAAUGGAUUAAUUCUUAACUAUUUUCGCUAAAUUCAAAAAUAGAACUUCUCAUAAAUAUAAAUAUUUAUUUGAAUCUAUUGAUACUUCAAAUAAGGGUAACAUUAAUUUUCAGUAAUGGAAUUUUAUUUAUGAAACUCUUAUCUAAGUAAAUUAUUCAUUUAGUCUAAAAUUAUUCUAUUCUGAAGCUGAUUAUCAUGAUAAUUAAAAAUUAAUGUCAAAAUAAAGAUUUACUUUGGUGAGUGAUGAAUUAUAAAUAUUUUAAUAAGAUUAAUAAGAAAGAUUAUUGGAUCAUCAAAGUUUUGAAGAUAUUUUAUUAGAAUUAAAAGAGAAAUGGUCUAACAAUAAAAUUUAAAUGAAAAUUUGUUUCAUUAAAUCUAAUAGAGUAUUAUUUCAAUUUAAUAUAUUUAUUAGUAUGAUAAAUUUAUUAAAUCCUUGUUUCAAUAUGUGGAUAGGUGUUUACUCAAUAAAUAAAAUGGAGAAUCUUGUUGUUAUACCUAUAAAUUACUUUAGAAAACUUAUAAAGUUUAUUAUUUAGAUCAAUAAGUUUAGAGUAUGUUAUAUUCUCCACUCUAAGCAAUUAAUCUGAAAUUUAGAUAAAUUGAAGAAAAGAUCUUAAGUUUCUGA